UAAUGAACAUGGAAUUCAAAUGCUUUCAGAAUCUAAAAGACAAAGUUCACAAAGUUCUGGAAACUGAAAAAUUGGAACAAGGAUGCAAUUGGAUAAUUGUUUUUGCAGCUUUUAUGAUUCAUAUCAUUUCCGAUGGAAUAGUUUAUACUUUCGGUAUAUUUUAUUCCGAAAUUAUUCACAAUAACGGAUAUAACAGCGGUGAAACAGCUUGGAUUCCAUCUACUAUGAGCGGAAUGCUUAAUUUUGUCGGCCCAUUAGCUGGAGUUCUGACAAAUAAAUAUGGUUGCCGAUUUGUGUGCAUAUUAGGAUCUUUGGUAUCAUCUGCUGGAUAUGCACUUGGCUCUUUAGCUUUUAAUAUAACAUAUUUAUACUUAACUGUUGGAUUAUGUACAGGUAACUUUUAUUAA